AUUGGUGAUAUAGUGCUUGCUUGUGUAUAUUCCGAAUGGCGGAAGACGGCCUACGGUUAGGUGGGCUUUCUUCUGGUCUGGCCUUGAUAUUGAAUGGUGAGAGCAGCAAAGAGAAUUCGUCGAAAACUCAUCUUGUUUCGUCGUGUGAUGAGAUUGGAUACCAAUCAGUGGAGAGAACUUUAGAAUAUGUGUUUGGUUUCCCUAAUAGAUCGAUUGGUCCUGUGUCUGGGCCGGUUGAUGGGAAUCUAGUUCGUGGUAUUUUGAAGAAUGAGUUCUCGAAAUUACAUGCAAAUUCAAGUGUUUUGGAUGGAGAUGGGUAUAGGGACGGUAUUUGUAUUUAUGGGAGUGGCUGCAGACCCGACACCGUUGGUCUUGAUGAAAUUAGUAUCCGGGGUGAUAUUAGAAUCAUUAAGCCGCCGUUGCUUGUAGAGAGCUUAGCAAUGUUCAGCAGUGCUAGGGCUAACGCUUCUGUGUGGAAAGGAAAAUGGAUGUAUGAGGUUAUUCUGGAAACUGCGGGUAUUCAGCAGAUUGGAUGGGCUACUGUUUCUUGCCCAUUCACUGACCAUAAGGGUGUAGGUGAUGCUGAAGAUUCGUAUGCGUUUGAUGGUAGGAGGGUUAGGAAAUGGAACAGGGAUGCUGAGUCAUAUGGUCAGACAUGGGUUGUUGGUGAUGUUAUUGGAUGUUGCAUAGAUUUGGAUUGUAAUGAGAUAUCAUUUUACAGAAAUGGUGUCUCUCUUGGUUUGGCAUUCAAUGGUAUUCGUAAAAUGGGAGUGGGAUGUGGAUAUUAUCCUGCUGUAUCUCUCUCACAAGGUGAACGAUGCGAAUUAAAUUUUGGUGGACGUCCCUUUAAAUUUCCCAUUGAAGGCUACCACCCCCUUCAAGCCCCUCCGUCCUUAAACUCAUUUGCAACUCAAUUGCUGCGGUGCUUGUCAAGGCUGUUGGGUUUGCACUCUGUGGAGCGGGCAAAGCAUUCUUCUGUUGAGAAAUUGAGACUGAAAAGGUUUGUUUCUCCAGAUGAAAUUUUCUAUCCUAUUUCUCAUGGGAUAUGCGAGGAGCUUUUCUCUGUACUUGGAGCAGAUGUUUGGAGCAUAGAGUAUGUUGCCUGGGGUCCGUUUUUGUCGUUCAUGGUGGAAGCGUUUGGGUUGCAGGCGCCACAUGAUUAUUCAGGCUUGGAUAGAGUUCUGGAUGUCUUUCUAGAAUUUAAUAGAUCACACUUGUUGUUUGAACAUAUUAUAAAUGCCCUGGCAUGUGGUUGCAAAACAGCUCCAUUAGUUCUCAAAGAGUGCCCAUGUUCAGGAUCAUAUCCAUACCUCGCAUUGGCAUGUCAUAUCCUGAGACGACAAGAACUUAUGGUGCUCUGGUGGAAGUCACCUGAUUUUGAAUACCAUUUUGAAGGCUUCCUAUCACGAAAGGAUCCAAAUAAGAACGAUCUUGAAUGUAUGAUGCCUUCUGUUUGGUGGCCUGGUUCAUGUGAGGAUGUGUCCUACGAAAGUAGCAUGCUGUUGACGACUACAGCUUUAUCUGAAGCAGUUAAUAAGAUUGAGGAGAAGCAUAGGGACCUCUGUCGCUUGGUCAUACAGUUCAUCCCACCUAUGACACCUCCCCAGUUGCCUGGUUCAGUGUUCAGGACAUUUCUACAGAACCUUCUACUUAAGAACAGAGGAGCUGACCGCAAUCUUCCACCUCCUGGUGUUUCAAGCAAUUCUGUUCUCGUUUCUUUGUACACAGUUAUACUUCAUUUUCUAUCUGAAGGGUUUGGAAUGGGGGAAAUAUGUGGUUGGUUGAAGGGCAGUGAAAAUGGUCGUGAUGUUGGUUUUCUUCAUAGGGGUGGUCAUCGGAGCUUUCCAGUAGGUCUAUUUCUUAGAAAUGAUCCCCAUCGAAAUGACAAUACGAGGCUUGGAGGAUCUUUUAGUCUCCUCUCAAAAUCACACCCUGCAGAUGAUCAGGAAGCAGAAGAUAUCCAAUGGGAGGAAGGUUGUAUGGAUGAUGAAGAAACCAGAGUGACUCAUUUAAGUAUAAGAAAACCAUGCUGCUGCUCAAGCUAUGACGAGGAUUUCACAAGAACCUCAAAGUAUCCGAUUAGAUACACAGCUAAAGGUUCACGUGCCCAUUGCAGUUCCAUGCCAGAGAGAUCUUCCCAUGUUACCACAGAAUGCAAUGCUGGAAGUUUGAGUGAUGAUAUAGCUGAUAAACCUAGUUCUAGUUACCAAUCAGAAUCUGAUUUUAGUUAUUGCCCAGUGCAACAUACGAGUUUUAUACCAAGGGAGGGUGGUAUGUCUUCAGCUACACUCAGAGAAGAAGAACUUCUAGAUGUUUUAUUGCUGUUGUAUCAUAUAGGUCUAGCGCCAAAUUUUAAGCAGGCAUCAUAUCACAUGAAUCACCAGUUGCAGUCAAUAGCCAGUCUGGAAGAAACUGACAAAAAAAUCAGAGAAGGACCUUGUUUUGAGCAAUUGAAGCAUUUGAAAGAAGCUCGUAAUGUACAUAGAGAAGAGGUCAUUGAUUCUGUUAGACAAUGUGCCUGGUUCCGUAUCUCCCUAUCCUCUAGAUGGAAGCAAAGAGGAAUGUAUGCAACAUGCAUGUGGACUGUUCAGUUGCUUCUUGUCCUUAGCAAAGUGGAUUUGUUGUUCACUUAUGUCCCUGAAUACUAUCUUGAAGCUCUGGUUGACUGCUUUCAUGUGUUGCGUAAGUGUGAUCCUCCAUUUGUCCCGUCAUCAAUAUUUAUCAAGCAAGGCCUAGCUUCAUUUAUCACCUUUGUGGUUACACAUUUCAACGACCCUCGAAUAUCUAGUGCAGAUCUUAGGGAUCUGCUUCUCCAAUCUAUCUCGGUCUUGGUACAGUACAAAGAAUAUUUGGCUGCGUUUGAGAGCAAUGAAGCAGUGAAACAGAGGAUGCCAAAGGCAUUGCUGUCAGCAUUUGAUAAUAGAUCCUGGAUCCCAGUAACAAACAUUCUUUUGCGUUUGUGCAAGGGAUCUGGCUUUGGCUCAUCAAAGCAUGGAGAAUCAUCAUCGUCAUCAUCCAUCAUCUUCCAGAAGUUGUUAGGGCAAACUUGUAUCAGUGAUGAAGCGUUGUUCUCAGCUUUUCUCAAUCGCCUGUUUAACACUCUCAGUUGGACAAUGACUGAAUUCUCUGUUUCUGUUAGAGAAAUGCAAGAAAAGUACCAGGUGUUAGAGUUCCAGCAAAAGAAGUGCAGUGUGAUAUAUGAUCUUUCAUGCAAUCUUGCAAGGGUUUUGGAAUUUUGUACUCAUGAGAUACCUCAAGCAUUCCUAUCUGGGGCUGAUACAAACCUUCGAAGGUUGACUGAGCUGAUUGUCUUUAUUCUGAACCACAUCACUUCAGCAGAAGACACCGAGUUUUUUGACUUGUCUCUGAGACGACAUGGUCAAUCUUUAGAAAAAGUUAACCGAGGGAUGGUAUUGGCACCUCUGGUGGGUAUUAUCUUGAACUUGAUAAAUGCUAGUGAACAGAUGGAAUGCAGGGAGCACAAUGAUGUUGUGAGCAUAUUUGCAAGCAUGGGGUGCCUUGACAGUUUUAAUUGCAGAUUUCAGUACCUAUUGGAUUACAACUGGGCUGGAAGUUUUAGAGGCGAUGAUUAUCUCGGAAAACUUUCACAGCUAGAGAAUUUUCUGAACCUCAUCCUUCUCCGGAGCCAGUCACAAGAAAAUAAGAUAUUAGGGGGAGAAACUGAUGUGAAUGAUGACACUUGCUGCAUUUGUUAUUCAAGCGAAGCAGAUGCUCGGUUUGCCCCUUGUUCCCAUAGGUCUUGUUAUGGCUGCAUAACCAGACAUCUUUUGAAUUGCCACAGAUGCUUCUUUUGCAAUGCAACGGUCCUAGAUGUUGUCAGGAUUAGUGACAAGGCAGAUUGAGAAGAAUGUUCUAUAAGUCCUUCAUUUUAGUUUGCUUCUUGCCUCCUUAAGAAGCUGGUCUGCAACUCAUCCAUCAUUGCUGCCUAAAGUUGGGGCGUCAGAGGGUUGUGAACUGGCAGACCUCUAGAGGAAAAAGAGUCGAGGGGAAGAAAGGAAGUUUUAUAGAAGAUAAUUUACUCCCAUUUUGGUGCAGUUAGAGUUAUAUUGAUACCGUGUGAAUAUUUAUGGGGUGGGGGAAAAGGAUCCGAGCGGGGUGGUUGGGUUAAGAAUUUUGUAGAAGAAGUUAGGGGAAUUAUUCUGUAAAUAUGAGAUGUAAAUGGCAAGGAAAAUCUUUUGGGUCUUUUUCUCCUUCAGAUUGCAAGAACUUUUAUUCUUUCAUUGGUACAUAGCUGCAUUAAGAAAAGCAAAGCAGAUGGCUCUAGUUC